CAGCCUCCCCUACGAAGCUCCAGCCGCCAAAUUUGAUUGGUUCGUAGAUCUCGGAGCUCUUGUCCUAUCUCGCGAUACUGAAGAUCCUUCCCAGUGAGAAGCGGAUCCCGAGCUGCAUUCAGUCGCUGUUGUGGCUGGGAGGCAGCACGGUCAGCCAGUCUGUUUGGUAGAACCGAGAUUCAGCCUGAGGUAAAGCAGGAGUCUUUUUAAACUAACCGACCAACCGAAGACAGUUACUACCGGCGUCCCCGAACAAACUCCUUCUCUACACGACACCUUUAUUCUCCAGGUGCUGAGGAAACUUCAAGCAGAAAAUACCAGAAGAACCAGCUGUGUCAAGACUUGGUGGUGAACAUCAAGAGGAUGUCCAGCCAGUUGGCCGUUUCCUUGUGAAUGGAUUAGAGGUGAGUUGUGACCAUGCGCUGCCUGGCUGCUCGGGUGAACUACAAGACCCUCAUCGUCAUCUGUGCCCUCUUCACGCUCAUCACUGUGUUGCUGUGGAACCGAUGCUCCAGCGACACCUCCCUACGCUUCCUGCCCCGCGCCGCCUUAGUGGCUCCGAGUCCCAAGGUGGGGGAUGCUAGCAUCAGCAGCCAACAACAACAACAACCUCCACAACCUCCAGAGCCCCCGCCCGUUGUUGGGCUUGUUGGCGGAAUCAAGUACGAGGAAAUCGACUGCCUGAUCAAUGAUGAAUCGACAAUUAAAGGGCGGCGAGAGGGUGCAGAGAUCUACCUACCCUUCUCUUGGAUGGAAAAAUACUUUGAGGUGUAUGGCAAAGUGGUGCAGUAUGAUGGCUACGAUCGUUUCGAGUUCCAGCACAGCUAUUCAAAGGUUUACACGCAGCGUGAGCCCUACCACCCUGACGGAGUCUUCAUGUCAUUUGAGGGAUACAAUGUGGAGGUCCGAGAUCGUGUCAAGUGUAUAAGUGGAGUGGAAGGCGUGCCUCUGUCCACCCAGUGGGGCCCUCAGGGCUACUUCUAUGCCAUCCAGAUUGCCCAAUACGGUUUGAGCCAUUACAGCAAAAACCUGACUGAGCGCCCUCCCCACAUGGAGGUCUACGAUACAGCCGAGGAGAGAGACAGUCGGGCCAGCACAGCGCCCUGGAGUGUGUCAAAAGGUGCCAGCCUUAGCCGUGUCCACGACAAGAUCCGGGCUACCUCCGUGCGUCAGUUCAGUGCUCCAGAGUCCUCAGAAGGUGUUUCCCUCCAGCUGGGUAACUCCAAAGACUUCAUCCUCAGCUUGGACAUCAAGUUCAUCUCCAAUGGCAGCGUGUCCGUGAUCCUUGAAACCACGGAGAAGGGCCCACCCUUUACCAUUCGAUAUGUGACCAACACGCAGCUCAUUGCCUUCAAAGAUCAUGAAAUCACGUAUGGGAUCGGGCCGCGGACCACCUGGAGCACUCUGACCCGAGACUUGCUCACUGACCUCAGGAAGGGCGUCGGGCUGUCCAACACCAAGGCUGUGAAGGCCACAAAGAUCAUGCCCAGACGGGUGGUGCGGUUGGUCCUACAUGGGCGUGGCUUUGUCGACAACGUCACUAUCUCCACCACUGCCCACAUGGCCGCCUUCUUUGCUGCCAGCGACUGGCUGGUGCGCAACCAGGACGAAAGAGGUGGGUGGCCCAUCAUGGUCACUCGAAAACUGGGUGAAGGCUUCCGGCCCCUGGAGCCCGGCUGGUACUCGGCCAUGGCUCAGGGCCAGGCCAUGUCCACCCUGGUGAGAGCCUACCUCCUCACCAAGGACCAGGUUUACCUCAAUGCUGCCCUCAAGGCAGUAGGACCCUACAAGGUGCCUUCAGCGCAGCACGGGGUCAAAGCUGUGUUCAUGAACAAAUAUGACUGGUAUGAGGAAUACCCCACCACACCCAGCUCCUUUGUCCUCAACGGCUUCAUCUACUCCCUGUUAGGACUCUAUGACUUGACUGAGACAGCCGGAGAGAAACUUGGCAGGGAGGCAGGGCAGCUGUUCAGCCGUGGCAUGGAGUCACUGAAGGCCAUGCUGCCGCUCUUUGACACAGGGUCAGGGAGCAUCUAUGACCUGCGUCACUUCAUGCUGGGCAUUGCGCCCAACCUGGCGCGCUGGGACUACCACACCACGCACAUUAACCAGCUACAGCUGCUGGCAUCCAUAGACAAUGCUCCCAUCUUCAAAGAUGUGGUUAAGCGCUGGAAAAACUACUUAAAAGGGAUUCGUGCCAAGCACAACUAGGCAGACUGUAACCGACAGAUAGUAAACAGCCGAGAUGAUGACUUAGAGGAGGGAGAAUAUGCUUCUGUGUGUGAGGAUUGAAUGGAUAAUUGAAUGUGAGGUAGGUGCUCACAUUGUAUGUCUGUAUGCGUCCCAGUUUUGGUCGAGUUUCAUAAUCUAAAAGACAAGUUUAGUCAGCUGCAGCUCUCAACUCUAAAACUUUCUCGUGUGUGCUCUGUUGCAGGUUUUAUAUCUUCUGCAACACUGACAGUAGCUCUCCUCUCCUGUUUUUUUUUUCCUUGAGCUAGUGUUUGUAAUUAUGCACAGACCUAGUUUCAGAGUGUGAGUGUUUGAGUUCAAGAAGACGGUGUGUGUGUGUGUGUGUGUGUGUGUGUGUGUGUGUGUGUGUGUGUGUGUGUGUGUGUGUGUGUGUGUUGUUUAAAAUAACAAUAUAUAAUGUUAGAGAAAGAUGAAACUCCUUGUUCAAACUGAAUCACAUUUCCAACAUUCUUUAAUGCAUCCGCCGCAAGUCUCUUCUCAGACUGUAUUUUUUUAUCAUCUCAUCCCAGAUUUGCAAAGUUUAUUGAAACAAAUAAACUGUAAAUAACAGAAUAUAUUAUAAAUUAUUUGGAGGAGAAUGUUGCCAAAAAAAUCUAAUCAAUAUAAAAUACUUUUGGAUUUUAUUUCUCCACUGCAACAUUGUUUUAUCCUACAACCCUAAAAAAAAUACAAAUUUUAAAUUGGGAAGUUUGUUUUUCAAUUUAAGGUGUUAGGUGAGAUACAUUUAUUUGGAUGUCAUCCCUUCACAGAAAAGAUGAAGAGUCAAAUGUGUUCUGCUUCCAAACCAGUAGCUUCCAGGUCUUUUCUCUAAAAUACAGAUAAAUAACAACAUUUUUUUUAUUGUUGGUGGGGGUGGGGGUUAUGUUGUUUUGUGCUUAGUGAGCUAGUCAUGGAUCAGCCCUGAGGAAUAAAUACCUCAAACCAUCAUAUUUGAUUUAGAAGAGUAAAACCAGCUCUGCUACCAGCUGCUCUUUUUGGUUCCUUACACAUAAUUCCACUGUGUUUGGCUGAGCUUUUGUGUAGGGGUUUUUGGUCAGAGUGGUAUGGCUGCAUCUUAGCUCAUAUGACUUGCACCGGUCGUGUUUCAGUAGAUACAUAGAAGACUUGUGGUAGCACGUCACCACAACCUGAGUGUUCUGUUACAUUCCCCAAGAUAAUGACAUCAAGCCUGCGAUAAUCUUAAAAAAAAGAAUUGUAAUUAAUAAUUUAUCCUAUUUAGUUGUCAGUGCUGAAGCCACUGUAAAGCUUGUAUCUAUAUGUGAUGGUUUAAGGUGACACACUGUUUUAGUUGUAACCAAAAGCCCACUAAAGAAAAGAAAUGUUCACAGGACAUACUGUGGUAGUGACUAAACUCACACUUCAGCUUUAGAUGAAUCCCUUUGACAUGUCAUUGUUAAAGAUUAAAAUAUGUAUAUCUCUUUAUUUUUCUUGGUUUGAACAUCAGCAUUAUUAGUUGUAGCUACAUUUUCAUUCACUCUAGAUAGUUGUUGUUUGCUCGGAAACUCAUCUGACAAGCUCUUCUUCUGUAACACUACAAACUUACACAUGAUAAUUGCAGGAUACAAGUGUAGGUGGUGGUGAUGUCUGUGUUGUGUAUUGGAGGAGACAGAAAUGUGAGCAGCAGAGGCACAUCUGCAUCUCACUGCCAUGUCAAUUUAUAACAUUUAAAUAGACAAAGCCAGGAGUACUAAAGCUGGAGGUAAAUUCUUGACAAACAUAGAGAGGCUGUCAGUCCCAGCAGGCUCUCAUUUCUGCACCUCAGCUGUUGUGGGCGCAUGAACUCAGCGUUUUUAAUCUGAGCGCUGCCCUGUUGACCGCUGUACGAGGAGAAAUAGGCUCACCAAGACACUAACAAUUCACCCGGCUAAUAGGCUGGAGAGCCUGCACACAGUGCGGUCGCUAGUCGGGGAUGAGUCAGCACUCACUGGCAUCGCACUCACACAACAAAACAAAGUGGAGCCCUCAGCAUCAAUGAGGCUUUCAUCGAUCUACUGUAAAGAUUAUUAAUGAGAAGCAGGUGAAUCAGGUCGCUUCAUCUUUCUGAAAGCAGUGAUGGUGGAUUUUCUUUGGUCAUUUUCAUAAAACUGCAGUGAACUUUGAGAUGAACACAUUUUCCCAGACAGUCUGAUUUCAGUUUGUCACAGUGUGAGCUAUUAACACUAAAUCAAAGAAGCUUGUGAUUCAUUUCUAUGUAACAUUUGUUUAACAAAGGGUUACAUCUUCCUGACCUUACAGCUUCAUCUCUAACUCAACUUGCUUUCAGAGCUAAGAGAAGAUUUAUGACAGAGUAUAUGGGCCGUUGUUAAGAAAAAACAGUCUGAAAUUUAGAGGAUAAAGUCAUUAUAUUGUGAGGGAAAAGAGGAAUAAUUUCAAAAAGAAAACAAGAAGUAUAUUGUGGGUGGAGGACACAUAUAUUGAGGUUUUGGUUUUAAAGUUAAAAUAUAAAACAUUUUCCCAGAGAAGAGGUGUGAGUGCACUUUUUGAUAAUCUGUACUUUUUCUGAAUGCUUACUGAUCCUUGUUUUGUUCAUUUCCUGGUGGCAUUUUCUUCCCAUGAAUACUUGCAUAAUUCAUACUUUGCCAUUUUGACAGGACAGGUAGAUAAAUGUAGUUCAAAGGGAACAUUCAGGAAUUGAAGUUUUUGUGUGUGAAUAACUGGCUCCAUUUUGUUUAUACCAAAGUCAUUGAUUUAAGUACAUUUUGAAUUUGUAUAUUUUUGUGCAAACCGAUUUCCAUUCAGCAUUUAAUGAUGAGUCUCCUUGGAGAUGUCACGGAGAGACACUGCCUUUUGAGAAAUGCUAGUUUUUCAAAUGUAGAGAUGAAUAGAUUAUAGCAAAAACAAGAUAUGUAAAACUUGCUUAUCGUAAAAAGGGGAUGUGUGCAACUAGAGAUUAGCAUUUAGUCAGCUACUGUUUUAAAGGGAAAUGAGCCAAUAGCUGCAAAUUCUCCUUGAAAGUUUUUGCUUCUUUUGUUUUGGUGUGGGGUUUUUUAAGUGUGCGUUUUUUCAUCAUUUGUUGGAAUCAUUUGCAUCAGAUUUCUUUUUUGUUUGUUUGUUUGUUUUAGAUAGACAAAAGCACAACUGCCGUUUAUUCUCACAUUAUUUUGGUUGUAUUUCUUUUUGAUUACCUGUUUUUUUUCUUUUCAGGACAAUGUGCAACGCCUUCAUUAAGAAAGCUGCUAUUAUUGUUCACUGUGUAAUACGUAUGACAACUUCAUUUUCCUCAUUCAAGUGUUUUUUUUUCUUUCCACUAUCCAUUAAAAGACUCCAACAUAUGACCACUGAGGUCAAAUGUGAUUUAUGCAAUAAAAUGUUUACUGGGGUCGUGACACCUGCAGGAGACCCAGAGUGGUUGUAUAGACUUUGCAAUCCAAGCACAAUGUGCAAAUGCUACCAUUUUUUAGUCCAAGGAAGAGAGGUGUUUAUAUACAGAGUAAAUCUUUGUGCUUUAAAAAUUUGCUUUUUAAAGGUGUUAAAAAUAAAAGCAUUUUUCUUAAA